AUGGAAACGAGCUUCGACUACUUCCCAGGCUACGAAGAAACCUUCCCAGUCAAAGAAGAAGAUGAUUUGAACCAACUGAUGAUAAAAAACAUAAAAUUCGCGUGUAAUAAUCCAAAAUGCAAUUUGACGUUCAAUAGCGAGCGCCAACGUGAUAAACACUCCUUUGAUUGUUUGAAAAAUAAUUUAAAGCCUGAAAAAAUAGCUCUUGACCAAAGCGCAAAAUUUAGAGAUGAAUUUAAAGAAAAUAAAGAGAAAAUUCCCUCAAAAAAUCCUGUAAAGCCCCUUAAGCCAAAGAAGACAUCUAAAAAAAUUGUGCAACGUUAUAAAAUUAUCGAAGGUCGCUAUUUUUGCUGUAAAUGCUCGCGGUCUUAUACUAAUGAAUUAACCACCAUGAAAUUGAGCUUCAACGAUUUUCCAAGCCAGGAAGAAACCUUCUCAGUUAAAGAAGACGAUGAUUUGAACCAACUGAUGAUAAAAAACAUAAAAUACGCGUGUAAUAAUCUAGAAUGCAACUUGACGUUCAGUCGCGAGCACCAACGUGAUAAACACUCCUUUGAUUGUUUGAAAAAUAAUUUACAGCCUGAAGAAAUAACUUUUGACCAAAGAAACUACCCGCUAACUGUGCGAAGAUUUGACGAUUAUUAUUCAGGGCUGCAGAAUUUCCAUUCAAAUAUGAACCUGAAUAAGUACCCUUGCGUUAAUGCUCACUGCAACAGCGUUUUUAAGGACGAAAACACUUUGCGCAAGCACGUUAAGUAUAUAUGUGGAAAACCGCCGAGGUACCAGUGCGGAUACUGCGAGUACAGGUCCCACUGGGCCCCAAAUGUCAGAACGCACUCAAAGGCGCUUCAUCCUGAUUUGAUGACAGAUGUAAUUGAACUUUACAAUCCGUACCCUGAAGAAAUGGGGACCUUUGUUUGUCCAAACUGCUCACAGAGAUACAAGUUCAAGAAGGGCCUGGAUGCUCAUUUGAAAAAUUUGUGUGGAAGAUAA